GGGCGGAAUACCAUAGAACAAGAUCAUCUGCGUCAAAGUAGGCACUCGAUGCCCGUGACUGUCUGUACCAAUUCGGCUAUGCCUGAACGCCCAGAUGCUUGUGACUGUCUGUACGAAUUCGGCUAUGUCAUUGAUGAAGACGGUGAAAAGAGAGCAGCUCGUAACAGCUCCCUGUGGUGGGAACCAGGUCAGCCUCCUGUUAACCAUUCUUUCCAUAAGUUUAGCGAGCACACUUGUGAGAGAGAUGGGCCUAUAGUUGUUAAAGUGAGCACACUUGUGAGAGAGAUGGGCCUAUAG